AUGCGUCUCCACCUUGUUAUCUCGCGCCAUGGCCUACCAGUCACGCGCAUUCUCUGGACGACGACUUCGUCGACUUCUGUACUAGGUGAAUAUGGGACCCAGCGCCCUGCUUCAACCGCAGCUGUCGCAUCGUCUCGUACCCCGAACAUCGCCUUCUCGAAUGGUGGGUACACGGUCGCACAACUCCUCGAGGAUGUGAAUGAAGUUGUGCCGCUGGAAACUGAACCUAAUGUCUUUGAUACGGAGUUCAGUGGCCAGUGGGGAUUGGAAGAUUAUGUCGUCGAAGUUGCUGGCUCGGAAUGUCUCCAUUUUAUGGAGGUUGAUGGCUUGCUCCGGGAUGGAGACGAAGUUGUUAUCCGCGCCCUUCAAUUGGCAGACCUCCGGACCAGAAGGCUGUGUGGUCGCCACCAAAUUACCGCUGAGGGCAAGCACCUGAUCGACGGUGUACCUUUCGGGUCACCGUUCUUGAAAAGAACUACUUCUACACGACCUGCGAUUACCAUCCCCCCAAGGAAGAAGCGACGUACAGUCUUUUCUGGCUGGGAGCAUGCUCCCGAGUUUGUGGCCGAGGAAGCCCACGCCGACGAGGAAGGUGAUGGAGAGUGGCUUCCCCCCCCGAACACCGGGUUUGGAAAGGAGCUUUCUAUUAUGCCCGCCGAGCAUGAAGAGUCCAUGGCCACUGUUAUUCGUCACCCUGUUGACCACACCGCGGAAUCUGACAGUGAAGCGAAUAUGUCAGAGGUGUCUGAAAUUGAGGAAGAUGAAUUGGAGAGCGAACUCCAAGCACUGAAAGAGGACUUUGAAGAAGCUUCUCAAUUUGUUGAUAUCAGGAAUCAGACUCAGAAUGCCAGUGGGCACUCACUACGUGCUACCUCGGUAGUCAACCGACCAACUUCCAAGGGGUCACUUGCAGCUGCCUCGUCUCUGUCCAGCAAGCGGUCUCGCGCAGAUGAAUCCUCUCCUAGGACCUCCAAGGCUGUGAGGUUCAACAAGGGCGAUGAGCAGGAGGGCCAGGAUAUGCCUGAUCUCCCACAACCACCGCAAGUUCCACAGGUUGGGGGAAGUGCUGCUGAAACUUCCGAUUCUGAUUCAUACGAUUCAUCUGAGGCUUCUUCAGACAGCGAUUCUGAGGAAGAUUCCGAUAAUGAUUCUAGCGAUGUUGAAUCUUCAAGCGAGGUAGAGCCUGCGGCGGAGGCACCUGAUUCUGAUUCAUCCUCAAGCUCCGAAGAAUCUGAUUCAUCGGACUCGGACUCAGAUUCCGAAGAGGAGGCUGCCCCACCCGUAGAAAAGGUGCAACAACCGGUUUCUGUGGGUGCUCCUGGCGAAGGGUCCAUACGCACCAAAAAGAGCAACAAUCGCAUCAAACUACGCCGCCGUCUAUCCAAGCUCAAGGAGCUAGGUGCUCUCCCCGAAAAAGCAGGCUUCGAUGCAUUGCGGGAGUGGGAAAACCGCCACGGAGGCUGGCACACUCCGGAACAAUAUCUUAACCCAGAGCCAUUCGUGCAACCCCAACAACCUGUGGAACCAGAACCAGAACCAGAGCCUGUCGAAUCUUCCAGCAAGAGGCAAAAGAGAGAGAAAAAAGAACAGGAGCAGAAAGAAUUCGAAGCCAGACGUCAGAAACUGCUUCGCGAUCUUGCAUCAGGUAAUGGUGUUGAUGUAAGCGAAACAUCGGAGAAGGAAAAUGUCCCGCCCGCUGCAUCUACCGUUGGACAGAGCCUUGUUUCAGAAGAAGUGCCCGGUAAGGAUCAGCCGGAGCAGGAGCCUUCGAACCGACGUACCCUGGACAUAGCUAGCUCACGACGCAUGCUAUUCGGAUCUCUGGGAAUGCGAACUCCAAAGACCAAGGAAGACGAAGAAGAAACGCGGAGAAAGCUCGCUGCUAAAGCUAGUGCAUGCGGGCCCCGACACAAACCUUCCAAGCGAGACGUCCAAGAAGAGACCGACCAGAUGCAAGAGGAUGAAGAUGCAUCCGACAUUGAUUGGCAAAACAAACUUGUCAUCCGUGCUGUUGAGUGUCUCUAUCCUCAAGUUGAUAUGACCGCGCCUCCUUAUCCUUUCGUUCAACGUUGGGAUCAAGAAGCCAAUGCAUUGAUCCGUGAGCUCAAAGGCCCCAACAAGAAGCGGAAGAGAAAGCAGCGUGUUCAGGUCUAUGAAGAAUAUGAGGAGCAGGAGGAAUACGAUGAAAAUGGGAAUUACUACGGCCAUGAUGAGCAAUAUCAAGGCGGAGAUGACCAAACCAAUCACGAGGGCCACUGGGAAGGCGAAGCUGCUCCUUACUACGAAGGCCAUUAUGCAGGCGAAGCUGAAGGAGAUCAGAUCAACUAUGACGACGCUCCUGAACCUGAAAAGGCCACAUUAGAUGAUCUCCCUGCAAUUCCCGCCGACAUUACUUCCGUUCCCGAUUUGACCGAGAGCGAAGCGAAGGUCGGUGCAAUCAUUGCAUUCCGGCAGCUAGACAUGUCCAAGGCCACGAACUGGCAGCCUCAGAUGUCUGAAUACCGAGUAGCUGAGGUACGCUCUGUCAAAGACAAUGGAGUGAUUAAUGUACUACUUGCCAAGCGAGACCGAAAGCCCCCUUCGGCAUCCAGCGAGUGGGACGAACCCCGUCAAUUCAGCAAGUUUGAAGUACCAGACCUAGCCAACGACGAGGGAGAGGAUGACGGCUAUCGUGAGCUUGCCUUUGCCGAACUCAGCGAUCCAAAGCUUCUCCAGGCCGCAGUGCAGUCGGGCGCGGAAUUUGAGGACCAGAACAAUACUCGAGAAGGUAGCAUUGUCUCUGUAGUUCAAGAAUCCGUACCAAAUGCCCAACCAGCCCUGUCUGAUGAAAUGUACCUUGACGACACAACCUUUGUCACCAUCGGAAAUGAAGUCAGCCGCCUUGAUUCCCCUCGCGAAUCCCCGGGAAUGCCCGAUGAGCCUAUCCAACAAACCCCUGGCAGAGGCGUGCCGCAGAUCCAAGUCCAGAGAGGAUCUGAUGAACGCAGUAUUACACCUCCCAUUCCUUCUCCUUCUUUCACUGGAUUUCACUCUGCUCGAUCAUGGCAGCAGAUGACCCCUGGUGUUGAGCUCAGCCGCGAGCUUGAAGGCCAUACCCUCAUCGGAGGAGAAACACCAUCUGCUGUAGUUAAUCGGGACGAGGAUCCUUCCGUGUUGUCAUACGCAUCUGCAAAUCAAUCCUUCGCGGAUGAUCCUGAGGACCAAGAAAUGCUUGGACAUCAAGAGCAUGAUCGCCAGGUUGUCAACGAAAAUCUCGCGCCGCCUGGCGAGUCGGGGGACAGCGGUCCUCAGUCUGGCUCGCUUUUGUCCACCAUUGACCGUAACGGUAAUGAUGGUGCGUCUGAUUCUGAGUCUCUGUUUGUGAAACAAGAUACGCAGAGAGGAAAUGACAAUGCGACUCCCACCAGCUCUUCUGAAUCGUGGAGAGAACUUUUGAACAGAUUAAGAAAUGGACCAUCGGAGCCAGGUGACUCACUCGUCACCAGCCCAGCCGAUAACAACGAAGACAACAACGACAACAACAAUAGCGAAGGCGGCAACAGCGAAGGCGACGUCAGUGAAGGCAAUCAGAGUCCCGAGCGGUUGGAAGACAGUGUGCAGCACUCCUACCUGGACCUCAAUUUCUCGCCGCUUGACUCUCCACGGGCAUCCACCUCGCGCUCUCCCAACCCACCAAUGAGUGCCCAACAGGAUUCCCAGUCUCAGAAACAAGCCUCAUUUCCUUCGGCAUUUGAAACAGAAUCCCCUCCCGCAUCUACUCGCUCCAAACUCUCCCAGCGGGUGCAUGAAUCCGAACCCGCCUCCCAAAUCCCUGCCUCCCAGGCAUCGGAAGUUAUUGACCUUACUUCCAGCCCACGUGAAUCACCAGAACCCGGCAUCUCCAAUUCGCACCCAUCCCAGCGCUCCAAAUCUGCAGUGUAUGGGAAGUCACAACGUGAUAAGGACAUCCCUCGCUCGUCUGGACGUCCACCCCGAGCUUCUACGGGAAGACUCCAACACAUGGUGGAAGUGAGUAUUAGUCCUCCCAGUCAGAAGAAAAGGCGCUCGUCGCGAAAGUUCUGA